AUGUCAAACCAGAAACUCGAAGGGCAGCAGGCCCUCACCACCGAAGAGCGCCUGAUCAUGACUCUGAAGGCCAAGGUCGCCUUUUUGGAAGCCAAGAUCAAAGAGCUCGAGACCACAAUCGAGACCAUGAUCGAGGCCCAGGAGCAGGAGCGAGAGGAUAGAGAGCUCCUUGGGGACAUGUACAGCUACAAGAACUACAAUGAAUAUUAG